CAGUCGGAUUGUCGGAUGCCAUGAAGAUACUUUGAUAUCAGUCGCAUCGUGAUGCCGGUUGUCAAUGCCACCGUAAAACCUGACAGCGACGAUCGAUUUCGAUACAUUCUUAAGACUUUAAAGCUUGGUCAUCAACACGUCUGGACCUUUUCGCCAUCGUUUUCUCUUUCCCCGUCUCACACUCUCAAAAUUGUUUCACGAAAGCUUUUUUGUGCAAAGCGUGUGUCGAAUGAUAUUGGAGAGACAAUAGAUGGUGCGGUGCGGAAAUAAUUACACCGUGAAAGCGCGAGAUGCCUGAAUACGGAAUGAUAAUCAUAUUCGCCAAGGGAGGAGAAAUUGCUUUCUUGUCUCGAGGAUGUUAUCUCAUAUGAAAGACUAGCGCUGACAUGAAAUACACUUUCCCGUCUUUAUGCUUCUGGAUGUAAACUUGUCUGAUACUCAUUUGAUAUGCGUAAAGAUAGUGAGGACGUGUUUGCCAACUGCUCAAUACAAUAUUUUCAAUAUUCUAUGAGAGUUCGCAAGGACAAUACUGAAGCUUUAUAAGACAAUAAUCAACCAAGAUAAUAGAUGUUUUCUCUUGGUACGACUGAAAAUGGAGAUAACAUUCGAUUCCUCAUUUUGUUUCUCAGGCAAAUCACAUCCUACAUGGAAUGAUACAGUAUGUGUGUAUUUUUGCUGCUGAAACAGACAACGUUUAGUCCUCGCUGUUUUUGUUCUUGUCUUGCACACCCAGGAUAUUGGCAUAAAGGAUAUACAACUUAUAGGGAGUAAUUUCUAUGGAGCAAGAAUUAAUGACAUUUUCAAUCAAGUCUGAGAAUUCAAUUCUUUAGAGCAGAUAUAACGCUAUUACUGAACAUAAAAAACAUCAUGUCGAGUCAUGGUGAUGGUGGUUCGCCGACCAUGUCCUCCAUCUUACGUCGCAUACCAUCAGUUCGCGAGAGAGCUCGUCGAGGGAGUCUUGGUCAGAUUUCGGGUGGAGCUGCCAUUCAUGAUGCCGUAGCCAAGGGCAAGAUCCAUCUUGCCAAGUUCAUUCUCGAUGCCGUCGAGGGUCAGGCGGUGGUCAACUCUCGGGACUCGCAUGGAAAAACCCCUCUGAUCAGAGCUAUGAAAAUCGACGACGGUCAGACUCGAUUAAAGGUCGUCCAGCUUUUGCUUCAGCAUGGAGCCAAUGUAAAUCACCGGGAUAAUAUGGGUCGGACUGCACUCAGCUAUGCAGCCGAAUUUCAGUAUAAGGAUGUUAUCAAGAUUCUGGUAAAGAACAACGUGGAUCCGAACAUAGUAGACAACAAUGGCAAUACUCCUUUGAUUUACUGCAGCAUGGUCGGGAAUGCGACGGGGAUACUGAUUCUGACAAGAUCGUUUCGAAGAUUAGGCUUAGACGUGGACAAACUGAAUGGAGAAGGGAUGAGUGCAUUAAUGUUGGCCGCGAAAAUUGGUGAUAUGGAAUGUGUGAAGCUUCUCACCCACGAGGGUAAGGCCUCCUUAGAUCAAAGGGACCAGUUUAAGAACAUGACUGCCGCAGAAUGGGCUCGCGAGGGAGGAUGUUCCACGCCGGAAAUGGAGGCAUUUUUGCCGAAAAUUCGUCGCCAGUCGAAACCAACAGAUACUAGCUCAACGAAACAGGACGACGAUCCCCGGGCGAACUUGAAAAAGAACGAAAGUAUAGAAUCAAGCUGUUCAAGUAAUGAUGGGUACAGCCCUCGUGCUAAUGAUAGCAAGGAAAGCUCAAGCGAAGAACUAUCCCCAAGACAAACUUACCUGAAGGGAACAAUAGCCGUACCUACACCACCCUCAUACCGGAAGAACCCUCAGCUGCAUAUGGAUGCGUUGUCGCGACGUUUUCAUGCCCUACAUCCGGUCAAAAACAUCCAUGAUAUCCCAGGUGUAAGAAAACAAAUUAUCGAAAUGAAACGAGCAAGUUUACCAGAAGUUACAAACCCGGACUCACUAGGCUAUCAUUGUGAAGAAGAAACCGACAACCUCAACCAGGAUUCAGACAACCGGUCAGGGUUCAACACUAUCUUCAUAAAACGGACAAAACCUUCUGUACCACGCCGCCCAUUAUCUGCCAUUAACCGCAACUCGAAUCAAAGACAGUCGAAGAGCUUCGAUGGCUGUACGUAUGAAAGAAGCUCUAAUUCCGACGAGGACAUAAGCGUACAGAAGAAGAAGAUGGGACAAUCCUUGUCAAAUCUGUACCUUGAAAAUCCCCACUCCAAGAACUUGCUCAACUUGUCCUUCUUGAGUCGGAGCACCGAAGCGCUUUCCCCAAUGUGCUCUUCGCCCGACACUGCUUCUAUGCGGCAAAGCGUGAACAGUACCACCCAUAUUAAUGUGGACAUUGACAAUUACAAGUCACCCCAAAUAAAAAACAUGUUGAGGGUUGAUUUACAUGGACAAGGUGAUCAGACACCGCGCCUUCCUCCUCUUUCCCCAAAGCGUGUUGUGACUGGACAAUAGAUUAGAGCUGUCACUUUUGCCAUAAAAUAAUUAUCAUUAUCAUAUCUAUAAAUGUCAUGAUGGAUUUAGUUUUUCAAUGUUUUUUUUUUAUUAUUGUUAUUUUAUUUACUGUAUUAUAUCAUCAAACAAAAGUCAAUUAGAAAUCUCAGGCUGAUAAGUGUAUUGUUAGUCAGGUGAAGCAGAACCAGGAUUGGCGGGAGGGGGUAGCCCCCACACCUUUUUUCAUUAAAAGUGUACGAAAAUGUAAAAAUGAAUAUCACAUUCUGAUUUUAUAUCUGUUCAGCCCCCCAUUUUGGAAAUCGUUGGUCGGCCCCGGGUUCUAAUAUUUAUGAACUGUUUUGCCUGCAAAGUCUUCCUCGUAUCUUACUUUAUAACGUUAGAUUGCUUGGGAUUCGAAUUCCCCUAUACUCAUCUUAUGGGUGAAUGGAUAUUUUAGUGCAAUAUUUUAGAUAUAUCUUACCAACUUAUCGUAUUGACAGAAAUAGUGAUAUAAUGAUUUGCAGGCCAAAUCCUCUUUAUUUUGUACUUUUAUAAUGAAAUUGGGUGUUUAGGUAAUUAAUUUUGUAUUUGGUGAAGUGGAUGUUGAAAGUGGUGACAAGUAGUCUAUUUUUCUUCCCAGCUGAAUGCAAGUUAAGGUGCUUGGAUCUAGAUUCACGAUGCUUUGAUUAUAAAUUAUAUAUAGUUCAAUAUCUUUUAAAUAAACUCAUGUAAAUUAAAUGUACAUCAGUACAUUGAUAAUUCUAACUUUUUCUAUUUAUACAAUGCAUAAAGGAUGAAAAAAUGUGUUUUCUCUCUGUUUGGUUAAAUACUUCAGCAUUCUAUAUUUAUUUCAUAAUGAGGUAAAUCCUUUUCCAUGCCUAACAUUUAUUGAACAUAAAUACGUAUACACACGUAUGAUUUUAGUGAAUCCAAAAGAUUUUUGAGACAGUGAAGAGAUUGAAAAAAGGUGAUUAUUUGUUUUAUAUUUCAAACACGGAAUUGUUGAACUGUGUCAGUAACUCAAGAAGUAUACUUUUUUGCAAAAUCCAACCGAGGCCCGAACUCCCCCUAAUACCAGGCACAUAAUCACUGAGUGCAGCGCAUUGUGAUUUUUAUUGACAGCAGCAGUGUUUCAGGUCAGAAUGGUCAAACAUAAGUUUAUGGUAUUUAUUUGAAGAGUAUGAUUUUUGCCUAUGUACUGUGGAAAUGUAUCUACCGAUCAACACAUGCAUACUUUUAAUGUGUUGUUUUUGUAAGACAUAUAUUGGUUAUAUUUUGGAUAUCACUGUCGUGUAUUUUUCUUUCUACAGAACAAAAAAAGAGUUCUCUAACUUUGAUACAAGUCUUUUAAAACUCAGUUACACAAAAUCAUACAUGCACAUACACACCCUCACACACACACACCCAUACACACCCUCACUUACUUGCAUUGAUGAUUCACAUUUGUCUAUAAUGAAACGGACGUGCUUAAUCAUUGAUUUAAACAUUUUGAGAUAAUUUGGAGACAGUGGCAUCAGCAUUCCGAAUUGAGUUGGCCUACUCCCUAUCAAAUGAAUUGCUCUUUGAAUGCUUUUAUGAUAAUGCUCGAUUCAUGAGUCAAUUCCGGAAAGUAGUUUCAAUAUUUCCUUUGUUUAAUGAAUGACUGAGGAUAUAAAAUAUGAAGUGGUUUUAAGUGUACAUUUGAGCACUGGACCGGUCGUUUUGUUCAUGGGAAUAAAUGGCAACAGCCGUCAACAUGCUAGCCAUUCGGUCAGGAAGAAAAGUACCAAAAUAAUUGUGUUUGAAGUCAGGUUUAUUAAAUGGAAGACUCUUAUUCAAACUUAAUAUAUUAACACACUACACUGAUAGAAGAUUUUACAGAAGAAAAAUUUAAAAAACAGAUUUUACAAAAAGAAGUAACCAAAUCAUUCUGUAAAUUGUUAAAACAGGAAAGAUUUUAUCAAUUUUUUAUAAAAUUUUACAGAACAGGUUUGUUUUAAAAAGGGAGAAAACAGUUUUAUUACAAUAAAUCAUUAAGGUUACAUACACCAAAUAUCUAUUUUCUGUAAUUUUACACAAAUGCAUGUAAUAUUACACAGUGCAGUAAGAUUACAGGUGUUCUCGAUACUCUGCUGCAGGAAUUUGUGUUUUUUUAAGUAGAAAUUAAGCAGCAUUGUUUCACCACGGAUGAAAAUUGUUUACCAGUAUUUAAUCCCGGAGUUGAACCCGAUUGUAUUUAUCAGUAAGGUAUGCGUCCUUUGUGUGAAAUGCACUUUGUUUAUGUAGCAUUUCAAAUUUUGGCAUUCAUAUAAUUAUGUUCAUCUGAUUAUCAAUGUUGUAAUAUGACUCUGUGAGUUAUUGUAAAGCAAGAAUGACCAUAAAUGCAAACUAUUAUCCUUUUUAUGGACACAAUAAAUGGAUGAAUGUAAUACUGAA